UCAUUGUAUUUCUUUUUCGUCCGAUACUUUCCCACCGCCUUUCUUUCUCUCUCCCGCUCUCUCUGUCCGUGUCUGAUAUCUCCGGAGCGAUUUCGGCAAUCUUUCGGCCUCCGGUGAAGCUCCACCGAGGCUUUGAAUAAUCACGGGGCUCUCACCAAGAUUCAGAUCCAAAAUUGUCUGAUUGCAUGGACAAACGGAAUCAUCAGCGUGAAGAGAUGGUUGAUGUGCUUCCAGCAGAUAAAAGAGUCUGUUCUACUUCAGAGUACAAGUCUGAUUCUUUAAAUUUACCUGCUCCAGCAGACAUUGUGUCCAAAAAUUCUGGACCUGAACAUUUAGAGCUGGAUAUGGAAGCUUCCAGUUCUCUUUCUGAGCGGGACAGAGAGGACGAUUCAUCUCAGGGUGAAAUGGUUGAGAAUUCUUUAUCAUAUAACCAGCCAGACCUAACAAAUGAUGAUGCUCCUAGCCACUCUGAUGAUCUCAGUUACAGUGCAACGUCCAGAAAUAGAGGUUACCUGGAUGCGCGCGAGCAUUAUGAUCCUAAUAGCUCUUCUCUUUUCGGUCCAAAUAAAGGUCAUUUGAAGAAGAUUUGUUCCAGUUUGAAGCUUGUCUCUUCACUGGAUAUUCAGCUUGCAAACCUAACUGAGCUAUGUGAUGUUCUGUCAUUAUGCACAGAAGACUCAAUUAGCUUUUCUUGCACUGAGUCAUUGGUUCCUACUCUUAUUGGCUUGGCAAAGCAUGACAACCCAGAAAUAAUGCUUUUAGCAAUCAGAGCAUUUACCCACAUAUGCAAUAUUAUGCCAUUAUCUUCUCUGUUUAUCUCUCGUCAUGAUGUUGUUCCCACACUCUGUGCACGCUUAAUGGUGAUUGAAUACAUCGAUGUUGCAGAGCAGUGUUUGCAAGCACUUGAGAAGAUAUCCCAUGAUCACGCAGUUGUUUGCCUUCGUAAUGGUGCAAUCAUGGCUGCGCUCAUGUAUAUUGACUUUUUUCCUACCACAGUUCAGAGAGUUGCACUUUCUGCUGUUGCAACCAUAUGCAAAAGGUUGCCAUCUGACAGCUUUUCGAGCAUCAAAGAUGCUGUUCCUAUAUUGUCUAACCUGCUUCAUAAUGAGGAUCAAAAGAUUGUAGAGAGUGCUGUUACCUGCUUGGUGAAUAUCAUCAGAUGUUUUAGUAGCUCAAAUGAUAUGUUAGAUGAACUGUGCAAGCCUGGUUUACUCCAACAAGCAACUGAUGCUAUAUCCAUCAACAGUCAAAUGGUGCUCAACCGGCAGGCUUUCACUGGCCUUAUUGGAAUGCUUUCCAUGGUUGCCUGUGGCUCAGCUGUUGCAGCAGAGGCUCUUCUGGACAUGAACAUUAUCUCUACCCUUAGAGAUAUUUUAAGCACUUGUAGAUUCUCUUGUGGUGCAGCAUAUUCUCUUGCUGGUGAUGUAUACUCUGAUCAGAUAUGUGCUGUUUUAAAUUUGUUAAAUGUGUUGCUUCCUCCACUGGAAGGUGAAACUACUCAGAUGCUAUGUUGCAAGGAAAAUAAGUUCAAGGAUCAACCUGGACUUCUUCAGUAUGGAAUGGAUAUUCUUCCUGUCCUGAUCCAUGUAGGUGGUUCUGGUGCAAAUUUAUCACUUUGCUAUGGAUCCCUCCUUGUCAUGAACAAAUUGGUGCAUUAUAGCACAUCUGAUAUGCUUCAGGACAUGCUUACCAACAAGAAUAUGUGUAGCUUCUUGACAGGUGUUAUUGCUCUGAAGGAUCAUCAUGUGCUGAUUCCUGUUCUACGGUUAAUUGAUAACCUCAUGCAAAAGCUUCCUAAAGUUUAUGUGCAAUUGUUUGUGAAGGAGGGUGUUGUAGCUGCUGUUGACAUGCUUCUUUUGCCAGAAGCCUGCCUGAACGAGAAGCAUAAGGUUAACAAGCCUAAUAGUUCUAUUAGAAGAGCAAUCUCAGUUCUGAAAACUGUCUCAAAUGAUGAUAGGAAGUGUUUGUGUGCAAGUUUCAGUGCCCAUCACACUCCAUCAUCAAGAGGGAUUUGUAAACUUGAUAAGGAAAUGGUUUGCACCCUAGCUAAACACAUAAAGGAGACAUACUUUCCGUUGGAAGUGCAGAUUUCUGGGGCUGGACUAACUGAAAAACUUCAAAGGAUGAAAGCACUUUGUAAAAAUUUAUCUGAACAGUCUUGCUUAGAUGACAGUGUCACUGAUCACAAGCUCUAUUUGAAUGAUAUCUUGGAAAGGCUAAUGGUUGAACUGAAAGAAGGGGAUCCUCUGUCCACCUUCGAAUUUAUUGAAAGUGGAAUAAUAAAGUCUUUAACUAAUUAUUUGGGCUGUGGGAAGGAUCUGAAAGAGAAAAUAGUUGAUCAUAAUUUGUUGGAUUAUUUUGGCAAAGUUCAAAGGAGGUUUAUUUUUUUUGCUCAGCUUGCUUUUGCCUCUACUAGUGGACAGUGGAGAGAUCUGUCUUCAGCAGUUAUUGUGGAUAAACUGUUGAGUGCAUUGUCCACACUUGAGAAUCUCCCUGUUGUUCAUGUUGAUCGUCCAAAGUCGAGAGGUUCUUAUGCUGAUAUUCCAGGGCGAUAUACAUCCUACCCUUGUUUGAAAGUAUGCUUUAUGAAAGACGUUGAGGAUAAGUAUUUCCAUGAAUAUUCAUCCAAUGUUGUAACAGUUGAACUGCUUGCCAGCAUGGAUGCAGUUGAGGAUUACUUAUGGCCUCUAAUUAGCAAAAAUGGUCGUCAUUCAGAAUCUACUAAUCAGUAUAUGCCAGACAAAGAGAAAGUUCACACUCCAGCAACAGAAGAUUGCUCAAAUGUUUCUUCGGAUUUAUUAGGGCCCCAGAGUUGUGUAAGUAGAACGCCAUCAGUUUCAUCAGAGACAACUCACACAAUGGAAUAUGUAUCUAUGUCUGAUAAUGGUGUUGCUCUUCGACAAACAGUGGAAGCAGGAACUGCUUCUGAAGAUGCCUCUCGUAGUAAAGAAUGUGCAGCAAAUAUAAGAGAUUCUACUGAGUUUGACAAGGAAUAUGCACCUUCAAAAUUGGAUUUCUUCUUUCAAGGAAAGCUUCUUGAUCGCUCUGUAACUCUGUAUCAAGCAAUUCUCCAGCAAUUGAUGCAAGAGAAUGCUUUGAGCAGCACAAGGUUGUGGAAUGAAGUAUUUCAUAUUUCUUUCAAAAGGUCCUUACAAUCAGAAACAAGGAAUUGUGGACAAGAAUUCAUUCAUGUAUUGGCAAAUUGGAUCCAGAAGGGUGUCCCUUCAAUCAGAAAGUCGAAAAUGGAAUUUCCUGCUGAGUUUGGGAUGCCUGACCCUAUAUGUGAUGUACUGUUCUUGCUUCAAACAAUAGAACGUCUCAAUAGAUCUUCAUUCCACUUGAUGUCAUAUGAAAGGGAAGAGUCCUUCCCUGAAGGGAAUUUAGGCACUUUGAAUGCUUUCGAAGUUAGUACUCCUGCUAUUCCACAAAGUGAGUUUGUCAGCAGCAAGUUAACAGAAAAACUGGAACAGCAGAUGCAUGAUCCUUUUUGUGUAGACAGCAGGUGUCUGCCCUCUUGGUGUAAUCAGCUGGUGUCUGAGUUCCCGUUCUUGUUUUCUUUUGAAGCAAGAAGGAAGUACUUUCAGUUGUGUUUGUCAGGUUUCUUAAGAAGCAAGUGCAGAAGUUUAUCACAGCAUGGGAGUACUAAUAAUGCUAAUAUCUCAAAUGAGAGGUCACAUGCUAGUACUGUUCCAAAGAAAAAGUUCCAAGUUCAACGUGAUUGUAUAUUAGAUUCUGCUUUGAAGAUGAUGGAUGGACAUGCUCGUGAUGAGGCUAUCCUUGAAGUAGAAUUUGCUGGUGAAGUUGGCACAGGUCUUGGUCCAACGUUGGAGUUCUAUAUACUUGUCAGUCGUGAAUUUCAGAAAACCAGUAUAAAUAUGUGGAGAGGAACCAAUUACAAUUGGUCACCUACUAAUAGAGAAGGCUUUGAAGUUGAGGAUUUUAUAUCCCCUCCCCAUGGGUUAUUUCCUCGUCCUUGGUCAUUAGAUGCCUUACACAGUACAGACUUUUCUGAAGUGGAAAAAAAGUUUCUCCUUCUGGGCCAGGUAGUAGCAAGGGCACUUCAAGAUGGGCGGAUGCUGGAUCUUCCCUUUUCAAAAGCAUUCCUCAGACUUGUCCUUGGCCAGGAUCUUGAUCUGUAUGACAUAAAGUCAUUUGAUCCUGAACUGGGAAAAGCUAUGGAAGAGCUCCAGGCUAUUGUUGGUCGGAAGAAAUUUUUAGACACUGUUGGAAGCGGGCAUGAAGUGACAGCUGAUUUGCAGCUAGGGGGUUCUAAAAUUGUGGAUCUAUGUCUUGAUUUUACUUUGCCAGGAUAUCCUGAUUAUGUCCUUAAAGGAGGAGCAGAGCAUGAGUUGGUAAGUCUUGACUGCUUGGGAGAAUAUGUUUCACUGGUUGUUGAUGCAACGGUGAAGAGUGGGAUUGGGAGACAGGUGGAAGCUUUUAAAUCAGGAUUUAACGAGGUUUUCCCAAUACAUCAUCUUCAGAUUUUCAGAGAGGAUGAGCUUGAUCGCAUGCUUUGUGGGGAACAAGAGGCUUGGGUGUCUGAAGCCUUCCUGGAUCACGUCAAAUUUGACCAUGGCUACACAUCCAGCAGUCUUCCUGUCAUCCAUUUCCUUGAGAUUGUCAGAGAGUUUAAGCAUGAGGAGCGAAGUGCUUUCCUGCAAUUUGUGACUGGUGCACCUCGACUCCCUCCUGGUGGUCUGGCAGCAUUAAACCCAAAACUAACGAUUGUCCGUAAGAAUUCUGGAAGCAAUGCUGAUUGGGAUUUGCCUAGUGUGAUGACAUGUGCAAACUAUCUGAAACUUCCUCCAUACUCUACAAAGGAGAGAGCAAGGGAGAGACUGCUGUACGCCAUAACUGAAGGACAGGGUUCGUUUCAUCUUUCAUAGCUUAAGGUCAUCUGUGAAUUCUUCAACUUCUCACUCCGUACAUAAGCUGUGAAUACAAUGUAGCUAGGGGUUUAUGUAAAUAAAAGGUGGAUGUAGAUAGAGACCGCUACACAUUGGUGGUGCAUGCCUGAUCCUGAAAACAAGACAAAGGGAGCUGGUUGAUUAGUUGCCUAUGUACAGCGGUAGUUUUAGACCUAACGUGAUAAAUGUCUUUGUACAGAGAAAGGUGCAAGGUGAAGAUAGUUCUUGUUGCCUUUUGUGACUUUUCUGAUAAGUGUAAAGCAAGUGCUUUGCAUGUAUAGUGGUGUCCCUGUACAUAUCUAAAUUCUUCUUCAUUUAAUACAUUUCGGUGAUUGGUUUUUAA